CUCUGCCCUCCCACUUCCGCUUCAAGGCGGGGCCGGAAGUGCAGCCGCGUCCGCUGGGCGCCGCGGGUGGAGGGACGCGCGGAGAUGACGCAGGCAGCACCGGAAGCCGCUCCCCUGUGAGGCUGAGGACCCGGAGCGGCGGCCGCCGGUCCAGGCGCCAUGGCUGCGGAGCUGACCCGGCCGCUGCGAGGUUCUGGCGGCCCGAGCGCGCCUAGUUGGUGUGAGCCCGGCGCGAGGUCCCGGGCCCCGGGGCGCUCGCUCAGGUCAGUGCCGCGCGGAACACGGCUCCGGGAGUAGGGAACCUGGGAGCGGCGAACGGGUUGAAGGGAUCUGGAGUUGAUUUAGAGAUGGGAGAAUUGAGUGAUUGCCUCCUGGAGCCUCAGUUUCCUUAGCUGCGAAAUGAGUUAACCAUGAUGUCCCAGGGCUGUCAAUGAGUUUGAAGGAUGAAGCAGUGUGGAGAGGCGGUUUAUGAAGUACAAAGCGCUGUACUGAUGUGAGGGACUGCGCCAUAAUUGUGGGUAUGCCAUGGAAACAGGUAAAUUUUUCCAUAACCUUAUGGAGAGAAAGGACUUUGAGACAUGGCUUGAUAACAUUUCUGUUACAUUUCUUUCUCUGACGGACUUGCAGAAAAAUGAAACUCUGGAUCACCUGAUUAGUCUGAGUGGGGCAGUCCAGCUCAGACACCUCUCCAAUAACCUGGAGACUCUGCUCAAGCGGGACUUCCUCAAACUCCUUCCCCUGGAGCUCAGUUUUUAUUUGUUAAAAUGGCUCGACCCUCAGACUUUACUCACAUGCUGCCUCGUCUCUAAACAGUGGAAUAAGGUGAUAAGUGCCUGUACAGAGGUGUGGCAGACCGCCUGUAAAAAUCUGGGCUGGCAGAUAGAUGAUUCUGUUCAGGACGCUUUGCACUGGAAGAAGGUUUAUUUGAAGGCUAUUCUGAGAAUGAAGCAACUGGAGGACCAUGAAGCCUUUGAGACCUCAUCUUUAAUUGGACACAGUGCCAGAGUGUAUGCACUUUACUACAAAGAUGGACUUCUGUGUACAGGGUCAGAUGACUUGUCUGCAAAACUGUGGGAUGUGAGCACAGGGCAGUGUGUUUAUGGCAUCCAGACCCACACUUGUGCUGCGGUGAAGUUUGAUGAGCAGAAGCUUGUGACAGGCUCCUUUGACAACACUGUGGCCUGUUGGGAGUGGAGCUCCGGAGCCAGGACCCAGCACUUCCGGGGGCACACGGGGGCGGUGUUUAGUGUCGACUACAACGACGAACUGGACAUCUUGGUGAGUGGCUCUGCAGACUUCACUGUGAAAGUGUGGGCUCUGUCUGCUGGGACGUGCCUGAACACACUCACCGGGCACACAGAGUGGGUCACCAAGGUGGUCUUGCAGAAGUGCAAAGUCAAGUCUCUCUUGCACAGCCCUGGAGACUACAUCCUCUUAAGUGCAGACAAAUAUGAGAUCAAGAUUUGGCCAAUUGGGAGAGAAAUUAACUGUAAGUGCUUAAAGACGCUGUCUGUCUCUGAGGAUAGAAGUAUCUGCCUGCAGCCAAGACUUCAUUUUGAUGGCAAAUACAUUGUCUGUAGUUCGGCACUGGGCCUCUACCAGUGGGACUUUGCCAGUUAUGAUAUUCUCAGGGUCAUCAAGACUCCUGAGAUAGCGAACCUGGCCUUGCUUGGCUUUGGAGACAUCUUUGCCCUGCUGUUUGACAACCGCUACCUGUACAUCCUGGACUUGCGGACAGAGAGCCUGAUUAGCCGCUGGCCUCUCCCCGAGUACAGGAAAUCCAAGAGGGGCUCCAGCUUCCUGGCAGGCGAAGCAUCCUGGCUGAACGGACUGGAUGGGCACAACGACACGGGCUUGGUCUUCGCCACCAGCAUGCCCGACCACAGCAUCCACCUGGUGUUGUGGAAGGAGCACGGCUGACACCGCGAGCCGCUCUGCCCGCUGACUUCGGGUGCCGGGGCUGCGGGUUUGGGGUGCAGCCUCUGUGGCAGCCGACUGCAUGAACCAAAGUUCUCACCUCAUGGUAUCAUCGCGCAGCGCACAAUCAUGUAUCUGUUUGCGGGGGCCAGGCUCGGGGCGGGGGCUCGUUCUGGCGACGCACGGCGCGGCAGGCUGCGGGUGCACCGCCGGCUCAUCUGUCCUUAGUUUGCGGGUCAGUGUGAGAGGCUGCAUCUGGGCUUCCUCUUUCUUGAAUAUUGGUUUUAAGUAAAGAAAUUUAAAUGGCUCAUUAAUCUGCUAAUUGGUUGCCUAUAAAAACACAGUCUAUGAUUAAAGCUUUUUACCAUUGC